CACCGGCAUUUCAUCUUCUCCCAUCCGGCGAUUCUUCUUCCCCGCUGCAACUCCGGCUAUAGGUUAUCAAACCCGAAUGAGAAACAGAGAGUAGAAUGAGUCGGCUUGCCAAUAUUGAAAAACAUGUUCUUGGUCAAAUUCAGAAGCUAGAAUAUGAUAAAGCACUGCUGUUUAUCGAGGCAUGCUUGGAGCGGUGUACUGGUUAUUCGAGAGAAAAAGACGAAGAGCGGUGUACUCUCUACGAGCUGCGUGCAAUGGUCUACAAUAAUAAAGAAGAGAGUGAAGCUGCCCUUGGGGAGGCUUGGUUAGCUUUUAAGAUUCACAGAAAAUACCGGAGCUUCUUCAAGUAUUCAGAAGUCGCGAACAUUAUUGGGGAGUAUAUCUUGGGGCAAGAAGAAUUUGGCCGUGCCAUCUGUUUCUUUGAAGAUGCAGUCAAGCAUGCUAGCAAGGAUAACUGGAAACAAAAGUUCAAUAGCCACUUGUGUGUGCUAUAUGAAGCUCGGAAGGAAUACACGAAAUCCAAAUGCAAAAGUGCGAAAAAGAAGGCUGGUCCAAUACAAGAUACAGGUGAAUCUUCCAAAAACACCAAUACCAGAAGUCAAAAAAUUGAAGCCAAGGCUGAAGUUUCUUCUGGAUAGUAUGCAGAGUUUGAAAUCUGGUAGGAAGCCAAGACCAUCCCGAAGCAGAAUCCCAUCGUUCAUAUCAAGCAACUUUCAAAUCGCGAAUUAGACUUUCAACCUUUAUUGUCCUCCGCCGAUCGGACUUCCAAACAUCACCGGACCUUCAUCCGCAAAUCAACGAUCGGGAAUCCAACCAUCGCGCAACUUCCUUCAUGGCAGAUCGAUUCGCCCGUUCUUGCCCCAGUUCCUCCGUUCGCCCUAAUUAAUGGCCGGAUGUACGGAAAACGCCACGUUUCAAAACAAAGCAACACGUGUAAG